AUUAUGGUAUGUCUGAGUGCGGAUGGGUUACAAAUGUCUAUAUAAGUGAAAGUAAAUGUGUGCCAAAUGUAGAAACUAUUGGCAAAGUAAACCCAGGGGUUGAGAUCAAGAUCAUAGAUAAUUUGGAAAAUUCUCUGCCUCCCAAUAGUAUCGGACAGAUUUGCAUUCGUGGAGAUAAUGUUGUUCCUGGUUACUUUGGAUAUUGUGGCAAUUUUGUACAUGAACAUAUUACAAAUGAUGGCUUUUUCAAAACUGGAGAUCUGGCAUAUUAUGAUAAAAACGAAUAUUUUUAUUUUAUAGACCGUUGCAAAGAUGUGAUUAAUUUCAACAGCAUAAUUGUUUCGCCCGUGGAAUUAGAGAAGGUUUUAUUAUUCCACGAAUCAGUAGUAAAUGCGGCCGUAAUUGGAGUGGAAGACGAAGACAACGGCGAGAUUCCUAUGGGAUUUGUUACCAUCAAAAGUGGCGCUCAGGUCGAAGAACAGGAGCUCAUGGAUUACGUUAAUAAUCGAGUCAAUCGUAUUAAACAAAUGAGAGGAGGAGUAAAAAUUGUAAAGGCAUUACCCCUCACACCUCUCGGCAAAGUCAAGAAAGCAGAUAUUAAACGAAUGAUUAAAAAUGGCGAUUGGCCAGGCAAUAUGUAAUAUAUAAAAAUCUAUA